UGAUGAUGCGCCUGCGAUGGUGGAUUUCCCUUUUGUGCAUCUAUGGAUUGAUGCACGUCGGGCACCCGAGCAACCCCGAUCCCCGAAAUGGAGACGCCUUGUCGAGCUUGAAGGCUCUUCGUGAUGCAGGCAGGUUUGUCGGGAAGGAGGACACGGUGCCUCUCCGCCUGCUCUACAGCAGGCACAACCACAGCCAAAUCACACACGAUGUGCUCAGCACAAGGAUUAAAGCCAGCUCCAGCACGACACAGGUGAACCAUGUGGCCCAGGCAAGCUUUCAAGUUGAUGCUUUUGGUAAGAAGUUCAUCUUGGAUGUGGACCUGAAUCAUGAUCUCCUGUCUUCAAAGUACGUGGAGAGGCAUUUGUCUGAAAAUGGGAAGGCUGUCACCACCAAAGGAGGCGAGCACUGCUACUAUCAGGGGAAGGUCCGGGAUGUUCCUGACUCCUUUGUGGCUCUCUCAACCUGUCAUGGAUUGCAUGGGAUGUUUUUUGAUGGGAAUCACACCUACAUGAUUGAACCCGGAGGACAAGGCAACAGCGACGAAGAUGUUCAGAUCCACAUGAUAUACAAAUCUGCUGGGCAAGAGGGACUCGAUGGUCUCCUUAAUGGUGACCUACCAGAGCCGCCAUUCCCCAGUCCUCCAUUUCCUGGGUCAAAAGUUAUUCACAGGAGAAAAAAGAGACAGGCUCACCGUCCAUCACGCAGCGUUGAAGAUGAAACCAAAUACAUCGAGUUGAUGGUGAUCAAUGACCAUUUAAUGUAUAAGAAGCAUCGGCUCUCCGUUGGGCAGACAAAUAACUAUGCUAAGUCAGUGGUCAAUAUGGCUGACAUGAUUUUCAAAGAACAGCUCAACACUCGCAUCGUGCUAGUUGCCAUGGAGACGUGGGCCGCAGACAACCGGUUCAACAUCGACGAUGACCCCAUGGUGACCCUGAGGGAGUUCAUGAAGUAUCGAAGGGACUUCAUCAAGGAGAAAUGCGAUUCAGUUCACCUCUUCUCAGCGAACCGUUUCCAUAGCAGCUGGGGAGGAGCCUCCUAUAUGGGGGGAGUUUGCUCGCUCACUAAAGGAGGGGGAGUCAAUGAGUAUGGAAAAACAGAUGAGAUGGCCAUAACUCUCGCUCAGUCUCUUGGACAGAAUAUUGGCAUCUUCUCUGACAAGAAGAGGAUCCUCAAUGGCGAGUGCAGGUGUGCUGACCGUUGGGCGGGCUGUAUCAUGGACGAUGUUGGAUUCUACCUGCCCAAGAGGUUCUCCGACUGCAACGUGGAGGAGUACCAUAACUUCCUGAACAGUGGUGGAGGAGCCUGUCUGUUCAACAAACCCCUGAAGCUGUUGGACCCUCCAGAGUGUGGAAAUGGCUUCGUAGAGCCAGGAGAGGAGUGUGACUGUGGGAGCCCCGCGGAGUGUGCAAAAGAGGGUGAGAACUGCUGUAAGAAGUGCACCCUGACUCAGGGCUCCAAGUGCAGCAAUGGGCUCUGCUGCAACAGCUGCCAGAUGGAGUUCAUGGGAGUUGUGUGCAGAGAGGCAGUAAACGACUGUGACAUCCCAGAAAACUGCACAGGCAACUCUAGCCAGUGUCCACCAAAUUUGCACAAGAUGGAUGGCUACACUUGUGAAAAAGACCAGGGACGCUGCUUCAACGGAAGAUGCAAAACCAAAGACAGGCAGUGCAAGUACAUCUGGGGAGAGAAGGCGACGGCUGCUGACAAGUUCUGUUAUGAGAAGCUCAACAUCGAGGGAACGGAGAAGGGCAACUGUGGGAAGGACAAGGACACCUGGAUCCAGUGUAACAAACAGGAUGUGCAUUGUGGGUACUUGCUGUGCUCCAACAUCUCGCCUGCCCCUCGUCUGGGAGAACUGCAGGGAGGGCUGACCUCUUUCUCUGUAGCCCAGCACAGUGCCUCUCUGGACUGCAGCGGUGGCCACGUGCUGAUCGACGGAGACAGCGACUUGGGCUACGUCGAGGACGGGACAGCGUGCGGGACCGACAGGAUCUGUUUCAAUCACAAGUGUCUCCCCAUCCAGCAGUUCAACUUCAGCACCUGUCCUGGGACCACCGACAAGACCAUCUGCUCGGGACACGGGGUGUGCAGUAAUGAGCUGAAGUGUGUGUGUCACCUGGGCUGGGCAGGGGACGACUGCAACUCCACGUCUCCUUUAAGCUAUCUAGUGGUGGGACCCACUGCCUCUGUUUCAGGUAUCACCAGCACCAACAUCAUCAUCGGGGCCAUCGCAGGCUCCAUCCUGUUUCUUGCUCUCAUACUGGCCAUAACAGCCUGGCGCUACAAGACCUACAGGCAGAGGCGCUAUGUUGAGUCUGAGGUCCAUCGAAGAUUCUGCCGGCAAAUGCCCCCAGGUGAUUAUGUGACAAAGCCUGGGGAUGCAGACUCGUUCUACAGCGACAUGCCCCCCGGGGUCAGCACCAACUCUGGUUGCAGCUCCAAGAAGAGGUCAGCCUGCCUGUCACACCUGCAGAUUUACACCCUGUCCUUCACUCCCUCCAUCCCAUCCAUUUCUCAGAACAUCUCACUGCUCGGCUUCAGAUCUAAUGGCCUGUCCCACUCAUGGAGUGAGAGAAUCCCAGAUGCCAAACACAUCUCUGACAUCUGUGAAAAUGGGCGACCAAGGAGCAACUCAUGGCAAGGAAAUCUGAGCGGUAACCGUAAGAAACCGAAAGGAAAGAAGUUCCGUGCCCGCUCUAACUCCACAGAGUAUUUAACCCCUCGCUUCAAAACAGAGUAUUAUGAUGUAACUAAAUGGGUAGAAGAUGUGAAUAGAAACACUCAAGGACCUUACCUUAGGACGCUAUCCCCUGCCAAGUCUCCCACUUCCUCUACAGGGUCAAUUGCAUCCAGCCGAAGAUACCCUUACCCUAUGCCCCCUCUCCCCGAUGACCAGAGGAAAGCCAACAGGCAGAGUGCCAGACUAUGGGAGACUUCGAUAUAACAGGCCCUCUCACCUGCUCUGCAAAAGACCUUAAGGAACUACACUUUUCUCUCCUUUUCUAUGAAUGACAAAACAAAAGUGAGACAAAAUUGACACUAAACAACAAAGAAAGAGAGAGAGAGAGAGAGAGAAAACACCCCACUGGAGCGCAUAUAGGCAGAGGUGUGUGUGAUUUAGCGUAUGCAAGGGCCUCCAUACCUGACUUGCUCAAAUGGCACCAGUCAGCAGGCAUCUGUGUCGGAUCUCUACAAGAAGAGAGGAGCGCGCACAGACAAACCAGCUCCAAACCAACUCCAGACCAGCUGGAGCUCAGACUCAGACUGAGCUGCUCCUGACUGCUCAGGCCUCACCCAUGGGACUGGAAACCCCACCGCUCCCAAGCCUCCCUGCCCUUUCCCCAAACCCUGACACAUCCUCCUUAGCUUGGCUGUUACCAUACUCACUUCAACACUACCGCCCGCCCCCCCGACCACCACCUCCUUCCAGGCUAACGCCCCCGAGUUGUGUGGAGCUCCGAUUUAACGGGGCAGGACCAGGAAAAGGCCACCCUGUCGUGUUGCAUCGCUGGAUUUCUUGGACCAUUUUUUGAAGCACGUGAAUCACUGUAGAAACUCCAACACUGUAUGCAUGAGACAACCCUGUUUAUCGACAACCUCCUCCUAUUGGUCAAAAGAUGAGAAGGACAGUGGUUUCAUCUAGAGGGAAAGCAUGCAAGGGGACAGUGAUUUUUUUAGAGGCUUUUUCUCCACUAUAGGCUUUUAUCAGCAACCCAUAUUGUAUCACAAAUUAUUAUAGCCCACAUCCCAUGACAUGGACCCAAAACAACCCCACCCUGCUCUUUAACCCCGCCCUCCCCUCAGUUGUUUGUGUAUGUGUGUGUGUGUGUGUAAAUAUGUACAGUGAAAUACAUAGAAUAUGCUUUUCUUUUCUUUUCCUUUUUUAACUUCUAAGGAGGAAAACGUGGGGGAUGUUCCCUCUCCCCUGUCCUCUUCCUGCUGUGUCGUAGACAGAAAGGGGAUCUCUGUAGGUGUGUGUGUGUAGAGACCCCGCACUCGUUCUUCUGUCCGUGUUUCUAUUUUUUGUCCCGUAGGCCUCAUUACUUUUCCCUCUGGCGUAUCCUGUGUGACUGUGACCUCUAUAGCUUUCUCCAUCCACAGCAGAAUGUAAAAGUGUUUUUAUCUUAUCACUGGUUUCUAAUUCUCUGGGAGACAUACACACAGACAUCCAGCAAUGACUGAAAAGAUGAUUUUUUUGUCACAUGUAUUGAGAAUGUUGUUGAGUUGGCUGUCGAUGAGUGUUGUUUUAACUAAGUUGAAUAGUCUUAACGUGCCCCUCCUGACUGCAGUGAGCAGAGAGAGAUGUGUUUGGUGUAGCAGUAGAUGUGAAUGCCACUUUUCAGCCUUUUCACUUGGUGGCUUUGGAAAUUUCCCGUGGAUCGUGUUAAAAUGUGUUUAGUUUUCCUUUGAUUUAACCUUUGGACGUGUGAGAGAGCAUUCUGAAAGCUAUUCACACAAUGGGAGUGCACAAAGACACCCGAAUCACUCGAAUGUGAGAAUUAACGUGGAAAUUAGUAUUGUUAAUGAUGCCGCCCAUUGAGGAUCUGGAAAUUGUGACUGAAAUGUGCAUUUUGGAGUUAGCUUUGAUGUAAAUGAUGAUAAAAUAUGCUGUACAGUGCUUGCUGUCCGAGCUUGUGAAGACCAACAGCAUGACAAUGCUAUAUCAAAUUAUGUCUUUCCUCUGGUAGGCUGUUUGUGAGACCAUAUUGGGAAAUAAGCAUGUCACUGAGAGACUUUUCCUUCAUCGUUCAUUGCCAGUUGCUGUUGGCUUUCUGGGUUUUUAUGCCACAGGCAAACAAGUUAUUAUCUAACUGAAGACGAUUCAAGACAGUCGGCUGUGGAGUUUGUCUUGACAGGAGCUGUUCUCAGACCAAUUUCAUGCUAACACCAUUUAAGGUGGAUUUUUUCUUUUGUUGAAACAUCCCAUAUCAGUUCCCAAAAGCAAGUUCUUUGUACAAAAUUACAUUGCAAGUCAUUGGCCCACCCUGUGUUGAAGCUGUUGUCUUAGGGUCUCAUGUGUGUCAUUAUCUGCUUUUUUCUUUUCUCGUUUCAAUGUGGGCACUGUUCAUUUUUAGUUAAUUUAUGCACUAGGACUUUGUAGGUAUUAUGAUCUUCACAAUACUGGAUUAAUAUUGCUACUAGUAUCUUUUUUUUUUAAUUAAGUAUCUUUAUAAUGUUCACUUUUUCUCAGCAUUAUGUACAGCAAUUAUUCAAACAGUAAUUAAGUGCAUUAAUGUAAUUAUGUGUGUUGAUGAGUUUGAAUGGAGACAUGUUGAGUUUCUAUGGGUUUUUGAGACACAUUUGUCCUGGGGCCAAUCCAAGGUGUCGUUCCUCUGGCAUGUGCUAAUCUGUGCGGUUUCUAUGGUAUAAGGAUAGGACACAGCUAUGGCAGCAUGAAGUAUAAAUGUAAUAGAGAUCUGUAUGGGCUCGUGAUUUGCCUUCCACCAGAGCUUUCUUCUUUGCUCGUCUUCAUUGAGUAUCGGUUAAUGUCCAGUAAGCCCAUCUGUUUUUUUUUCUUCUCUUUUCUGGGUUACCCAAGGCUGUGGAAAGCAUUAUCUCAGAACUAUCAAGCAAUAUUUUUAACAUCAUAAUACUGUGCUACAGCAAACUGACAUUUCGUCUUGGUGUCGUGGAUAUUGCCCCUAUACUAAUCUUUGAUGAUGUUGCACUGCUAAGCCAAGGAUGGGACCAGAGGGGUUACAAUGAUUUCUGCGAUUGCACAGCCGUCAAUCUUCUCAUCUCAACAGGUACAAAGGCCCCUGGAGGCGUAAUCCUCCGUUUCUGCCUGCUCCCAUGGCUGGACUGACAGAACCGAACCGGACUGCCAACACGUCUGUGUCUGUUUGGCCAGAGACUUGAAUGUAUUAAACACACUGGAGCACACCAACAACCCUCAGUCUCAACCAUGUGGUCCCAUCCUGCCAGAUCUCUCUCUCUAACAGACAUAUAGGCAUUCAGCUCCAGGAACCUUAAACCCCAGAUGUACUAGUUUCAAAUCUUUCUACAUAACUGUAGUUGCUGUCUUUUUUUUUUUCUUUCUUCCUUUGCUGUAUGCUGUA